AUGGGCAAGAUCAACCUCACGGCCCUCCGGGUGCGACAGACCGCGCUCAACCAAUACGCCAGCGGAAAGAUCAAGAAGCUGCCCCAAUGGGUCGAUGUCGUCGGCGAAAUUCCUCCAGCUGAGGCCCUUAUUCGGAACCGUACCGCUCAGCACCAGCUGGUCCGCCAGCGCAUUCAGACCAACCCGGAAGCCUCCAAGCCGCAGGUCGUCUUCGAGGUCCAAGAAAAACGCCGGAAGCCCAAGAAGCCCAGCCGUCUUUUCAAACCUGUCGAGCUCCGCUAUGAGGAGGACCAGUUGCGACAGGAGUUCUUCCGUGAUCAUCCCUGGGAACUUGCGCGUCCCCGUGUGGUCCUGGAAAGCUCCGGCAAAGACUUUGAGAACCAUGACUGGAGUCGGAUUCAACAACCUGGGAAACGGUUGGACGGUGAAAGUGUUGUCCAGCGACAGCUUUGGCUCCUGAACAAUGUCCCCGAUAUGACCAAGAGUGCCGCAUACGACAUCGCCCGACGGGAAUUUUACAAACUCCGACUGAAGGAAGAUAUUCAACGCCGGGUUGCCGCGGAGGAGGCCCAGGCAACCGGUGCGAACUUCGGACCCACCUACCUAGAGAUCGGUAUGGAGUUGGAGAACCAGCAGCACGAGAAGUGGAAGGCAUGGGCUCGCAUGGAGGCGCAAGUGAUGGACCAGCGGGCCGUCUCGAUGUCUGGUGCUCCCGAACUCAACAUGGAUAAGGAAGCAGAGGGCCCAGAGAGUAUUGCCUUGGACGAGGGGGCUACGGAGCAGUAA